AUGGGACAUCGUUAUGUGUCGGAUCGUGCACGUGCAAUUCACAGAAACUUUCGCUCUGUUUUUCUUUAUAUUAGAAAGAAGUGGCUUACGAUGGAUCGCAAUACGAGAGACGUUUUAGUCGAAUCUUUAUUGGAGAAGAUACAAGUCAUCAAUAUUCUUCUUCGUCAUGAAGCUGUGCGGGGACACUUGGAUCCAUCUCUGAAUUCUCCAGUUGUUAGCGAACAAUCUUCUAUAACACACCUUCUUCUAAGACUCCAAAAACAAGUAAAGGCGUCCGCCGUUCUAGCCGACGUUGUUUCCAUAGGUCCAGGCGCGAAUCAAAAUGAAGAAGAAGCUUUAUGGAAAAUUGAGGAAGAUCUAAAUCUAUUAUAUGAAUGGGUCUCAGCGGCGUCUACUCAGGGUUCCAGUACUGAUUCAGAUUAG